ACAAGGAUCGAUAGCUUGGUAACUACGUUGUUGAAAGCGCAGCCAAAAGGUAGCAACCCAGCAGCCAGCAGCACCCAAUGCCAAUAUAUCUAUACUGCACGCACAAGCUCUGAAAGCAAGAGUUGCCAGUCAUCCCUCGGUUCACCUUUAGAACGCGGUAUACCCUUGGAAGUCCAUUAUCCAAGGUGUUGUUGUCGUUGAUGCCAUAGUAUACCCUCCUUGUCACCGGUAUCCAUCCUUCCCAACAAGAGUGUAUCCAACCUCAAAAUUGAGAAUAUCUUCCAUUCCUUUUGAAAAUCCGACCAUGACGGUAUCAUCCUUCCUCUUGCUCCUUCUACCCCUCCUGUCGACUCUUGGCAUCUCCACUGCCACGGAUAACGCCAUUAUCCGACAAGCACUUCGGCCUCCAGAACACAAUGGUCUUGUCGGAAAACUUCGACAGGAAUAUCGCAAGAUCCAACAAGCCGAGACCACUGAAGAAACUGAUCAUGAAGAACAUCGCCAACUCAUUUCCAUGACAACCUUGAUGGAAAUCGCUUUUGAUGUUUCGGCCGCCAUGACUGCCAACAAUGGCACUCUACCCAAUGAUGGAGAUUUUGAAGAGUAUCUCUGUAAAAUGGAUACCCUAUGGACGCAUCAUUUGACCGACUCACUCCAAGCCGACGUAUUGUACCAAGCCGACUUUGCGGCUUGGACGUUUGAUGAAAUCGCUCAAACAGCCACUAUCAAACUAGAGUCCAAAGCCAGCGAAAUCGAUAUCGUUACAUCCCAACAGGUAAAGGUGGAUCCAACGAACCUCCUCACAGAAUUGACCAAUGGAAUUGACGCCGCCACCCUGACAUCGGCCAUGGAGGCUGCCCUCAACGAUCAUGCCUACUUUAACCUGGCAGUUGUCACCUCGUACCAAGUCACCCUCCAACCAGCAUCCACGGGGGAUACUUACUUUUCCACUGCCAACUGCGGUGUCUCUCGCAUCACUUUCAAGUACGGAUUCUUUUCCGAUGUCAACGUUACGAGCCUCAAUCCUACCGACAAGGAUGUGGAAAACAUGCUAUGUGAAACGGACGAGUGGUACACGGAAUUGCUUACGGAAGAUGAUAAUUUGGGUGCUGGCGGCGGAGGCAAUGAAGUCUACAUGACCUUUGACAAGGUGUCCCUCGUCUUUGAUCCCACGCUUGACUUACCCAUUGAAGUGGUCAUGGAUACCAAGGCAUUCGAGUCGCCCAGUGGAAGACAGAUCAGUCCCCUCGAUAUCAUGGAAUGGAUCCAAGACUCGGACUUUGAAAAGUACGUGGAAAAGGCCGUCUGGAAGACCAAAGUCAAGGGAGGCAAAGGUUGGUUCAAGGACGUCGACGAGGUGAAGUUCCAUGGCACGGUUCGAUACGAUGAUGAAGACCCCCCCGAUGAUACCUUCUCCACCGAUUGGUGCGUCGAAGGAGAAGUCGUCGAGCCGGAACCAGAAGACGGAGAAGAAAAAGAAGACGAGAAAGACAAGAACCUGGCAUCCUUUGACUUUUUCUAUGGCUUUGAGCCAGGAGAAGAACGGGCUCCCACCGAAGACGAACUAGAAGAAUUGAUCUGCCAGACAGCUGGAUACUAUGCCCAUGCAUGGGUGGCCGGAGCCGACGUUCUUGGAGGUGCUGGUGUGGGUGCGGCCAUUAAAGAUUUUGAGUUUCUCCUGACCAACUGGACCUACGAUGCGGCGGUGGCAGCUGCGGGCGGCAAUGAAAGCACUCCCCUGUCCGUGACCAUCCAAGUCAAGGCCAAGAAUGAGUUGGGGAACCAUAUUGGUCCAGGACUGGUCAUGGCAGAAAUGACUAGAAUCAAUGUCAAGACGUACAUCAAGGAGUAUGUGUGGAAGACGGAGCCUGUCAAUGAGACUAAUCUGUUCUUCCAUGCCACCCAGGUUGACUACCAUGGCGCCAUGCGUCCUGCGUAUGAUAUGGAAAGUGAUGGGGAUGUCUUCUCAUCCAAGUCCUGUCCUCAAUUCGACCAUGACAACUUGUUGGGAGGCAACCGCACCCACAAGUUCAAGCCUGGCAAUCAUAGCCAAAGUGACGAUGGCAACAGCACUAGCGUUGACUCGGAGGACGACGGUGGCAACCAUACCAGGCCUGAUGGGCACAAUGGUACUCACCGAGGAGCCUCGAUCUCGUUUGACUCUGAAGAUGGCAACCACACGCGACCUGAUCGCUCGAACAGCACAGACUCGAUUGAUGAUGGCAACCGCACACGUUCUAGCGACGAUGGCAACCGCACAAAGCAUGACAAAGGCAAGGGCGAAGGUAAAGGCAAGGGAGAAGGCAAAGGAAGUAACAGGAAUGGCAAUGGCGAAGACAAUGGAUAUGACAAGGGGAAAAAGAAGUGCAAGGGCAAGGAUAAAGACAAGGAUAAGGACAAGGACGAUGAUAAGGAAGAAAAUUUGGCCAUCUUUGACUUCGAGGUGGGCUUCAAGGCUGGAGAAGAGCGAUUGCCCACGGAUGAAGAAUUCGAAGCAAUGUUCUGUCAAAUGGUCCACUACUACGAUGGCCUAUGGUCGAGUUCAGAUUCUCUUAUUGAGCACUUUGAGUUCUUGGUAACGGAUUGGAAGUAUACGGAAGGUGCCAGUUCUCCACUGAACUUGACAAUUGCGGUCAAGGCAGAAGACGAGUCCGAUUCAGAGAUUUUCCCCGCCGAUGUCUUGGAUGAAAUGGAUGCAGCGGAUAUUGAGGCUCUUAUUGGAACGUACAUGUGGGAAACCCCUCCUGCCUCCGAGAGCAAUGUCUUCUGGUGGACAGAGGUUGUGGACUAUUAUGCUAGACCCCGAAAAUUCAAGAAAAGCAAUGGGGUAAAGUUGUCCAGCAAGUCCUGCUUCGGAGACGAAGAAUCUGACUAUUUGGACUUGGACGAUGAAAACUGCACCAGCUCGGAUGACGGCAACCGCACAAGCUCGGAUGAUGGCAACCGCACAAGCUCGGAUGAAGGACCAAACAGACUUGGUGAUAAACCUUUUGGCUCUGAUGAUGGCAAUAGCACCAGUUCUGACGAUGGCAAUAGCACCAGCUCUGAUGAAGGCAAGCCCAGACCAGAACCGAGUAGGAAACCUGACGUGGGAGACAUGGGAUUUAAAGACCUUGCCACUUUUUACUACGAUUACAGUUUCUUCGAUGGAGAUGGUCGAGAGCCCACUCUUGAAGAAAUGGAGUCAAUGAUAUGUGAGACAGCCUACUACUUCGACGAUGAAUGGAACAGCACAGGAGGCAUCAUUGACAAGUUUGAUUUCCUCGUCAGCGACUGGACUUACGCCAGUGAUGCUGAUUGGCCUCUCUCGUUGACCUUCCAGGUACGGGCAAAGGACGAAGACGACCAUUUCCUUAAGCCUGGGGAGGUGUUGACUGAGAUGACAGUAAUUGACGUCGCACACUACCUUAAAGAAUACGUGCAACAAACGCCUCCGGUAUCCAAAAAUAAUGUUUUCAAACAUACCGAGCGGGCAAAAUAUCACGGAACUAUCGAACCCAACUUUGGAGCUGAUGCGGUUAUUUUCACAUCGAAAUCCUGUCCGCGUUUUGCCGUCGAUGAGGAAGAUUCCUUGGAUGAUGGAAACUCCACCACGCCAGAAGGAAACAUGACUGAAGUCACCAUCAACACAACUUUCCUUAUCUCUACUCCGAAGGGAACUCCUCUCAACGAGAGCGACAUCGAUGCAGCCUUUGGUGCUCUCGUCGAGGGUAUCGCCCAGGUGGUCUCAGGUGGUGCUGCUGGAGGGUCGGGUGGCGGUGCUGCUGGCCGAUUCUUGCGAGGAAGGAGAACCCAGGUUGAAACCACAGGCGUUGUGGAUACAGAAACAGCUUCAUUGGAUUCUAUCACUCCUAUCGAGUGUCCAGAACAACCCAGCGCAGACAACCUAGACUGCUAUCAGGGUGCUGCGAGUUAUCAAGUCUCUGUUCCAGCCGGCUCUGACCCUGAAGUAGUGGCUGAUACGUUUACCGAAGCCACCGAAGCUUACAUCGAGUCUGGUGGUUUGAACAGUGAAUUGAAGGCAAUCAACCCAGACUCUUCGGCCGUGAUUACGGCAGAUCCCUCUUCACCCAUCUCCACAGUGACUACUCCACCUGUCAACGACCUAAUCGAGGACGAAGGAGUCACAGAGGGCGAAGGAGGCGAAGAGGAAAAGAAGGAUGGGGGGCUCAGCCCAGCAGCGACCGCAAUUCUGAUUGUUGUGGUUGUGCUUCUCUUCUUGAUGAACGUCGGUCUUGGACUGUACUAUUGCUACAAAGACAAGCUGUUGUUCUUUGCCGACAGAGAAGAUUCUGGCUCGCAAGCUGACGAGGUUCGGAACAAGAGCAUUCGGUCUCAGGAUUUCGAUGACGAGAUCCUGGGAACAGAAGUGUUGACAGAUGGCGGCGACCACCAGGAAACCAUUGACGACGAUGUGGAUGCCAUGGCAGAAGAGGCAAGAGUUGGUGGAGAAGAAGUAGACCAGGAAGAACCUGUGGAAGAAGCCGAAGUCCAACCCGAUGAUGUUGCUGAAGAUGAAGUGAAGGAUGGUGAACCCGAUACCAUGGAGCGUGAUGCAACACCAUCGGGCACGGACGAAGCUGUGCCUGAUGAAGCACCAGCAGCCACGGAAGAAGCUGUCGCUGAACAGGGUGAUGAAGCACCAGCAGAGACCGAAGAUGCUGUUGCUGAACAGAGUGAUGAAGAACUAGCAGCCACCGAAGAGACUGUGGCUGAGGGCGAUGAAGCACCAGCAGCCACCGAAGAAGCUGCGGAGGGUGACGAAUUACCAGCAACCGACGAAGGAGCUGAGACUGAAAAGGUUGAUGAAGCACCCGCAGCCGACGAAGAAGCUGAGACUGAAAAUGGCGAGGAAACACCAGCAGCUACCGAAGAAGCUGUGGCUGACGAGGGAGACGAAGCGCCAGCGACUGACGAAGGAGCUGAGACUGAAAAGUCUGACGAAGCACCAGCAGCCGAUGAAGGAGCUGUGAAGGAGGAAGGUGACGAAGCACCGGCAGCCACUGAAGAAGCUGUGGCUGAGGGCGAUGAAGCACCAGCAGCCACCGAAGAAGAGGCAACCACCGAAGAAGGAAAGCCUACAGAGGCAACAUCCGAAAGCGAAACAAAGUAAGCUGUUGAUCUGUAAGUAGCAGCUUGCUAGGAUUUUGACCAAGGAGAGACGAGAGGACAUGGAAAGGAGUGACUGAGUCCGCCAAUGUAAAUUUCCAUAUUAGAUUGAUGAAUUUUCAGACUUCGUUUUUUUAUGGAUGCCGCCGCGUACGGUUUCUUGUAGGAAGCUGCUCAGCAUGCAAAUUGCGUGCA